UGGUGGCCAUGGGCGGAAUUACCGAUGUUGUCUUGGGACUUUUUUUGCGCCCUUGCUAUUUUCUUGACGCCCUUUUUAAGAAUGCUGGGGGUGCGGGGAUUGUUGGUGGUUGCAUGGUAUAUUGUCGUUCCCAGUAUUAACCAUCUAGAUCUUUUUUUUUGGUCUCGCAUCGUCCUUGCAGUAGUUGAUCUGCUUCUCUUGUUUAAUCCCAUAUUUCUUCCUCUUUUAAAAAUCCAACUUAAUCCCAACAAACUCUUCUUCUUAUGUUCUUACUGCUAG